AUGGAACCUAAUGAAUCCUUAUAUGGUCGAAAGUGUAGAUCACCAAUUAGCUGGUUCGAAACAGGUGAAACUGCCUUAUUUGGGCCAGUUCUUGUUCAUCAAGCUAUGGAAAAAGUCAAAGUGAUACAGCAACAUCUAGGAACAGCUCAAAGUCGACAUAAAUCAUAUGCGAAUAUUAGAAGGAGAGGACUACAAUUUUCUAUAGGGGAUUGGGUGUUGUUGAAGGUGUAUCCAAUGAAAGGGGUAAUGAGAUUUGCUAAAGAGGGAAAUUUGAGUCCACGCUAUAUCGGGCCAUAUAAUAUUAUUCAAAAAUUCUGUCAAGUAUCCUAUGAGUUAGAGCUACGACAAGAUCUUUCAUCAGUUCAUCCAGCGUUUCAUGUCUCAAUGCUACAAAAAUGCAUAGGUGACCCAUCUCGUAUUACUCUUACUGAAGAUGUACAGGUUACGGGAGAUCUCACUUAUGAAGAAGUACCCACUGCUAUUCUGGAUCAACAAGUUAGGAAAUUAAGAAAUAAAGAGGUAGCUUCUGUAAAAGUGUUAUGGAGGAACCAACAAGUCGAACAUGUUACAUGGGAAGUGGAAGAAGCAAUGAAAUUGAAGUAUCCUCAUCUCUUUCAUAUCCAAGAGAAAGAUGAAAAUGCUUAG